AUCAAACUCGAUCAAGAGAUCAUAAGAUAACUCGACCGCCCUGCACUGGACUCGCCCUUUCGGCACCCGCGAGUCGCCGCCCUGCUCGAAGCCGGCGCUUUCCCUUACAGCGUGCCUUCCGCUCCUCCCCCUUCGUCUCAUGUCUUCCACCAAGAUGGAUGAUCGAGGCUCAGUACGAUCCAAAAGGCCCCGCAGCGAGGGUUUUAGGCGUGAUGGAGAUUGGACUUGCCCUCAAUGUGGAAAUGUGAACUUCAGUUUUAGGACAGCAUGCAAUCGUGGAAGUUGUGGUGCUGCCCGGCCAUCUGCCAGUCCCAGUCCAGUGAGCUUAAUAACUAGAACAACGCCUGUCCAUGGUACUUUUGAUCAUCCAGGGCCUAGUUAUUAUGGUGAUGUCGGGGUCCCACCACCCAUGCGACUUGGAAUGUUGAGUGGCUAUCCUUCCUCCUUUACACUUCAUCGGAUGCAGUAUGGUUAUGGACCACCCAGUGGUGCUCCUGGCCCAUACAGUCUUCUCUCUCCAUAUGGUCCAUCAGGACCUCUAGGAGUUUAUGGUUAUGGCCCUGGUCCUGUCAUGGAUGGAUAUGGUGGCCCUGGUACUGUCAUGGAUGGAUAUGGUGGCCCUGGUCCUAUCAUGGACAGAUAUGGCUAUGGGUACGAAGGAUCUCCAAUGCCGACAUCAGGUCCAGCAUCUAGAGAGCUGUUUGAUAAUAGUACUUCACGUAAACGUCGUGGAGGUCCUGAUGGGUUAUUGGAGGGUGAUUGGAUAUGUCCUCAAUGUGAGAAUGUUAACUUUGCCUUCAGAACAACUUGUAACAUGAAGAAAUGUGGAACUCCUAAGCCUACCACUGCCCCAAACCGACACAGCAAGGAUGUAUCAGAUGCCCCAGAAGGUAGCUGGACUUGUGACAAAUGUAACAAUCUCAAUUAUCCAUUCCGGAACGUGUGCAACCGGAAAGGCUGUGAAAACGAGAAGCCUUCUUCUACUUAAAGCAAAUAGCUCAGGGACCAAUUGGCGCACUUCAUAUAGCCUCAAUUGGAUUCUUGACGCUAGGUUCGUCGGAUUCUCCAUUGCAGUUUACCAGCUUUUGCUAGUUGCUAAAAUUCAAUUUUGUCUCUCAUCAACGGUCGGUUUCUGAGGUAUUGCUGAUGCACACAUAUAUCGUGAUGAUGGAGACAAUGCAAAUUUAUUUGGUUGUAUGCAUUUUCUGAGCAUAGUUGGAUCCCUUGUAUUCGCUGUGGUACCAUUAGGUUCUUUUAAGUUUUGGUACUGUUGAAUAAAACCUCUCAGAAUUGUAAGAUGUCGCUGCGGCGUUGAACUGACUUGUUGUGAUACUAAAUAGGACAAGUUCAGUA